UUAUCCGGGUGCAAUUCUUACCACCCAAGGACCAUUCGACUUAAAUAUUGAAGAAAUGUCUUCAAAACCCUUAUUACAUAUACGAAGAACUUCUAAUGAUUCGAUUACAUCAAAUGAUUCCGGCGUUGGAUUUAUGAAAGCUGAUUAUGAAAUACAAAGGGCUAUUAGAGCUCAAAGAGUCCAACGACCACAUAUUAUUGUUUUACAUAAAGGAAAACACAUAUAUCAAAAUCAUGAAGACGCUGAUGCUAAUUUGGUGCUUAACGCUGCGAUAGCGUCAAAAAAACACCGAAGAGAAAUAGCUGUUAUGCAGAAACGUGCCACUCUAAUUUUAGAUCCAGAAGACUUAAAGGAGACUACUUUCACUGAACUAGAGAAUGACAGCGCAAAUAAUGCAGAGGCGCCAAUGAACUUACUGAUGGAGUCUGACGACACAAGUAAUAUGGAUAUUGAUAUUGUUACCGUAGAAUCAAUUGAACAACCAAGAAUCGAUGUUCCAAUUAUGGAAAAAACGAAUUGUACUCGAUUAAGAAGAAACAUGACGUUCAAAAAUAAUGUUACAACGUUAAAAAAGGCUGUAAAGUCUAUUAAAAAGAUG